AUGCCCACUGAUAUCCUCCAGGUCGAUUCACCUCCUAAUCAUACCAAUCCCAUCCUCAGUCGAGAAGACUUCCAUCCUGAAUUGUGUUCUUCGAAUUCGGUUCCACACAUCCAAACCACUGAUUGUGGUCCUCUCCCACCCCAAUCAAUAAUCCUCGCAAACCCGUCUUCUUCCUCGAACGCGACCAUUCUGGUAGGCGAUACCACUAUUAACGAUAUUGUAAGAAGUCCUACUCCGGCUUUCAUCUCCAACGAGCACAACGAAGACGACAAUCACGAUAUCGCGGGGAAUGUCCCCCACGCAACACCAUCCAUUGCCGACCUCACUGACGAGUUGACGAUCUGUCGAUCCAAAAUCUAUGAUUUGGAGAGAUCCAUCACAGCGUGUGGAGAAGAGAACGAAGAUUAUCGAGAAAGCUUGAAAUACCAAUCCGAGGAGAUCAAAUCACUGCGAAAUACCCAUCGCGAUACAGGUACGGUUCGAACUCAAGAUUAUAGAGAUGAACGCAUACUUGGAUGUGAUAUUGAAUUGGGAAUGAACCCCUUCGAGGAAUAUACAGGAGUUAAGGGAUGGAGUGAGAACAACGGGAAACACCACAACGACAAUCUUCAGAAGAUUAUCAUAUUCGAUGAUCCUCCUCAAGAACUGAUCUAUGAGACGGAGAAGAGCCGUGAACGAUACUUGAAAGAUAAUUCUGCAUCAAGAAAAGUAAAGAUCCUCAAAAGCGAAAUAGAUGAUCUGAAAAUCAGGAUCAGAAUGCUUCAAAGGGAGAAAGAUGAGAAAUAUUGGAAAGACAACGCAUCGUCAUUCCAAGAAGAGGUUUUCGGAAUGCCAGAAGAAGGAGAAGAUGAUGAUUCGGCAUUGGAACAAGCUUUGUUACAAGAGAAACAAGAUCACCUUAGGACUCUGUCUAAGAUCGAAGAAAUCGCAGAUCUCAAAAAUAAGGAGAUUAAAGAAUUGAACGACAAACUUUUAGACCAACAAGCUUUAGUCGUUGAAAUGCUUGAUGCGAAUGGAACUCUCACACAGCGAAUAUCCGAGUUGGAAAAACAACUUGAGGAUGGUCAUAGAUUCAGAAUGGAACAAAGAUCAGAUGACGCCAGAAAGCAUAGGGAAGAGCGAUCAAUUGGUCAAGUCAGAGCGGGAGUGGCUGGUCGGACUAGUGAGGUUUCUGAUGCUGGAUUGGGGGAUGGUGUUGAAGAUGAGCUCGAGCCGGGCUACUAUGGUUGGUAA